CCCCUGCUAACGGCUAAUAAAGGCUGAAUCCGCCUUGUUCGCUCCGCAGAUACUGUAAUUCGGUGACGACCGGCGACGACUGGAAACUAUGGUACAUAUAUUCCAUAGUUGUACUUCGAAGGAACCAUGACGAUGCCUGACGACCAUCGUCCUGUGUGGCCUCUAGAAUGUCCAUCAUCCAUCCAGCAGAUGCUAGGCGGACGGGAGCCAAUUUGUGCUGUGCAGGGCUCUCUGCCUCGCCUCGCCUAUUGAAUAGAGAUAGAGGUAGGCAGCACAAGGCUACCAUCUCGCUCUGCCUUGAUUCCACUCCCUCCUCCCCUCCUCCUAACCCAUCCUCGACCCCCCCAUCCGUGGCCUCUAUUCCACUCAUUCUUCAUGGAUGUGAUACAGUCCAAGGGUUAACUUGUUUUGACCGCGUCUCUUUCACCUCUUCAAACAAUCCCGGGCUGCGUGCUCUACCACCUUCCCUAGGUCUGAGACGGCCUGUUGAAUGCAGUUCGUGCACGAUUCCAUUCACUUUUAUCUGCCUGGCCAGCAGACCUUGCGACACUUUAGUACUCUACCCAUUUAAUAACGCGUCGUUCUUCGAUCUAACUAUUCACCACCUUUCUUUCUUUCCUCCCCCCCCCCCUUUUCCUUGCUCCUCCAAAACAACACGGAUCCUUCCCCUUCUCUAAAGGGUGCUGAACGCCCUAGACUACCUCCGCAGCCAUGACUCGAAAGGCCUUUAGCUCUGAUGUCCAAGCGGCCUCAGAGAAGUCCAUCCCUGGUAUUACUAAAGUCGGCAAGGGAGAGGACGAUGGCGAUGUGACUUUCCUAUUUUCCCCAGCUUCGGGGCCCCCUAUUGAAAUUGGAUUGCUGGCUCUUGGUAAGUUUAUCUUUCUUGUUUCCUCUGUCCUCCAAACACCCAAGCACUUCCUCCCCAUCUCUGGACAAGAUAUGUUGCCAAUAGGCUACUAUGUGAAAAGAGCCCACGCACGUCUUGGGUACCUGUCACACGCCAUUCAUCUCCUGCAC